AUGGAUAUGCGCUUUGCUGGUCCCGGACCAAGUUGGGCAGCCUUGAAGUUGGGCUGGGUUCAUUGCAUGAUGGUAGCGGAAGUCAAUAUAUCACCAAACCGAUGGGGCGCGGCAGAACUCUCGAAUAUCUUCUGUCCGCCAAUUCUAGUUGACGCAGAGACAGCCGAACACAUGGGAUGGCCCAAUAAAGCAUUUCCUUCGGUAGAAGAGAUGAAUAGUCACGUCGACAAGCGCGCAGAACGGAUUGCUACCUUCUCGACGGCUAUCUUAGCAGCCACGAAAGACUUGGUGAAUGAGCAAACGCCUGCAGUGGAGGCACGUGAUCGAGAUCUUGCCAUCCAGAGUCCCAGAGGACCCUGA